AUGCUUAACUUGUACAAUAUAAGAAAUAUAAUCGACGUCGUGGAAAUGAAAAUUUUAGGAGAGAACAUGGUUAAACAUUGUGCAGGGCUUCCAUUAGCCAUUGUUGUAUUGGGAGGACUUUUGGCUACAAAGAAUAAUUCAUUAAACGAAUGGCGAAAGAUAUCUGACAAUGUAAAAUCAUACUUGAAGAAAGGCAAAAAUCAAAGACCAGAGGAUGUGUUAGCAUUAAGUUAUGAUGAUUUGCCUCCCUAUCUAAGACCAUGUUUCCUCCAUCUAAGCCAUUUUCCGGAGGAUUAUAUGAUAGAUGUGGAUAGAUUGACUCAAUUAUGGGUUGCUGAAGGUAUUGUGUCAUCAAAGCAAGAAGAAAGAAAUGGUGGAGAAAUUGCGGAAGAUGUGGCGGAAUCUUAUUUAACGGAGCUUGUGGAAAGGUGUAUGAUUCAAGUACGAGAAAGAGAUGUGGCAACCUUAAAGGUCAAAACAAUUCAGAUGCAUGAUCUGAUGAGAGAUCUUUCCUUAUCAAAGGCAAAACAAGAAAAUUUUGUCUUCAUUGUUGAUCAAUCAAAUGCAUCUUCAUUAUCUAUGAUUCGGAACGUUCGAAGGGUUUCUGUGCAUGUUUUUUUCAUACAAUGCAUUAAAAGUCCAAAUAUUCGGUCACUUUUGUUCUUCAAUGAGUUCUUUCCGGAGGAGGCAUUAGAAAAAUCUUUGCCUUUGGAAGUGUUGAAUUACGUUGAAGAACAUGAAGAUGAAGUUUGUAAUCCACUUGUUUGGAUUCUUAUGAUUUCGCGAACUGGUACGAGCUUUCUUAAUGCUCGGGGAAUUUGGAGAUACAUGUUCAACAACUUCAAAUUGCUAAGAGCCCUAAACUAUGAGAGAACAACAGGUGAUCGUUUUGUAGGGUUUAAGUUUCCCAGUGAUAUAGGUAAUCUCAUCCAUUUAAGAUUCUUGAGUCUAAAGGAUCUUGAGUUCACAUGGCCAAAGUUGCCAUCAUCUCUAGGCAACUUAAGGUGCUUGCAAACCUUGGAUUUAAGAGUUGAUAGUUACAAAAUUCAUGUACCUAAUGUGAUAUGGAGGAUGGAGCAACUAAGACAUUUAUAUCUCCCUUGGAGAUGUAAAAGCAGAACUAAGUUGAAGUUGGGUACUUUGAGAAAACUCCUAACACUUGUGAACUUCAACACCAAGAAUUGUUAUCUGAAGGAUCUUAUCAACAUGACAAAUCUUAGAGAGUUGGGGAUAAAUUUACCCUUCAAUUUUGAAAAUUUCAAUGAGAAGGAGUUGGGCGAGAAUCCAUUCAUAAUCGGAAGCAAAUAUCUUCAUUCCUUGUCUAUUAUUACCCGUAGGCUAAAGAUAUCAAUAGAUCCAAGACAUUUGGCCCACCUCCUUUCAACUUGUACAAGUAUUUGCAAGUUGAGUAUAGCAGCAGAGAUAAGUAAGUUACCAGAGUAUCACUACUUCUCUUCACAUCUCACUUACAUACGGUUGAGAUGGUGCAAGUUUGAGGAAGAUCCAAUGCCAACACUAGAGAAGCUGCCUAACUUAAGGAUUCUUGAAUUCGAAUGUUCUUUGAAAGGAAAGGAAAUGUUUUGCUCUGCUCAGGGUUUUCCUAAACUUGAGUCUCUAAUCCUUGCGGAGGUCGACAAUUUGGAGGAGUGGGAGGUGGAUGACGCCAUGCCUUCUCUUCAGCGAUUGGAUAUCAGGCAUUGCCCAAGCUUGAAGAUGCUUCCAGAGGGAUUGAGCUCCAUUACAACCCUCAAAGAACUGAAGAUUGAAUCAAUGCCAAAGGCAUUCAAAGAAAGAUUGGAGAAAGGAGGAGAAGAUUUCUACAUAGUCAAAGAUGUUCCUAAUAUCAUAUUCCAUGCCUGUUACCUAUAUUGA